AACUUCUUUUCCUCUGCAAUCUCCAUCUUCAUCGUUCGCGUAGAUUGAUAGAUAUGUAUCACCUCCACCACUUUAUUUGUUUCGUGUUUGGUUUUCUGAAUAAAUCUCUGUGGAUUUUUGUUCUAGGGUUUUUAGACAUAACCGAUGGCUUCAACUUCAGAGACAAAUCCUACUCCUCCUUCAGGUCACGUUUCCGCAGACGAGAGAAGCGUUUGCAAGGAUUCGUCGGGGCUUAGUGCUUUCGAUUUCCCAGGCAUUCCGUUACAGGUCCCUUCGGCAAUGGACAAGGAAAUCUUCGAGAAAUUAGCUACAGCUCCUGGAUUUAUCCUGUCAACUGAGGAUCUUGAGAUAUCGUGGGAGCAAGGAGGUAACCCUGAGUUUACCUUUGACCCAGAACGGUUGAGUCGGGCUUUGUCGAGAAUGAGAGAGCGCCUUCCAAAACCACUUUGAUCUGGAUCCGCAAACCGAAGCCUUCUACUCGGAUCCUAAAGCGGCUCUGGCAAAGAUGACUGAAGCAAUGGGUAUUGUUCACAAGUCUGCUACUUUCGGUGAUGUGAAGGGCCUGAAAGCUGCAUUGGCAUCUGGCGCUAACAAAGAUGAAGAAGACUCCGAGGGAAGGACACCACUGCAUUUGGCAUGCGCAUAUGGCAAGAUGAAAUGUGCUAAAGUUCUUCUAGAUGCUGGAGCAAAUGCCAAUGCCGUUGAUAAACACAACAACACACCACUGCACUUUGCUGCUUACCGUGGGAGGAAAAACUGUGUAAGGCUUCUCCUAGAGAAGGGCGCUGCAGUCACUCUGAAAAACUUGGACAAUAAAACUCCCAUUGACGUGGCUAAGCUCGAUGUGGUGAAGCUGCUUGCUUGACAAGGACAUGGACGAUUUCCUUUUGAGCUUUGACACCGGAUCUUAAAAGUUUUUUUUUAUAUUAUAGCUUUGCCUAAGGAUUGGUUUGUAUGUAGUUUUGACUUAGUGACUUCAGUUUUCAUCUAA